UGAAUCCCGAAACCAGAAUCAUGUCGCAUCCACCUCCUGCGAAGCACGAGAAUUCAGCGACAAUGCCUUACCGAAAGAUCAAAGUACAUGACAUCAGUCACAUCCUACACCUGCCCGGUGGACGGGUCAUCUGCCAUUCAUGGAAUGGGUCAUUUAGAGUCUGGGACUUGGAGACGGGCAUACGGGUCGAGGAAUGGGAGAACAAAGAUACAGGAGCGAUGAUCAUGGCAUUGUCGCCGGGCAGCAAGACAAUAGCAACUGGUGAUCAGGAUGACGCAGUGAAAUUGUGGGACGUCGACACAGGCAAUGUCAUCAAAACAUUGACGGGGCACACAGGUCUAUUGUGUUCUAUGUCCUGGAGUUCAGAUGGAGGCCGGGUGGUGUGUGGAUCCCGGGAUGGGACAUUCAGAGUGUGGGAUGUCAAGAGCGGAGAAACUAUCCUGGGACCAAUCAACGCAGCGGAAUUUAUUUGGGCGGUUCGUUACUCACCCGAUGGCAAGAUGAUUGCCACAGUGGCAGGCGAACUGAAAAUUUGGGAUGCCAACCUCAGGCGAACCGCUCAAAACACUCCAGGGUUUUUUUUUGUGCCUGGCAUGGACCUCAAUGGAAAAAACACUUAUCACCGGCGGAUUCCCCCUCAUGAAAUUCGACACAGCCACCUGGUCACAAACUUGAGCGCAUCCUCGCAGGUACACACAAGUUUAGCAAGACAGCCUGUUUAUGGAACCUCGAAACCGAUCAACUCAUCAAAAACAUUACAUCACCCUGAAUACCCCGUGUGGCGUAGUCAGCCUACCUUUUCUGCAGAUGGAAAGUUCCUUGUCACUAGCUGCGAAGACGGCCACCUAUACACAUGGGAUGUUUCCGCUAUCGUCAAAGAGGCUGGCCUUCAAUUAGAAAUUCUUGAUGCUCCACCACAACCAGCAGUAAAGAAGAAAGGUGCUUCUCAUAUACCCCAGGGUUCUUUGACGAUGACAUACGAAAGGCUAAUGAGCGCAUUCGUCUAUCCCAAUCCCAUGGACCAUAUUCGCCACCCAACUCCAGCACCACGUCAACGCGCCCUCAGUCGAUUUUCCUCCUUAUGGCGUGACUCAAAUUCGCACAGGGAAACUGACCACCAUGGGCGACCUCAGUCCCACCCUCUUAGCUGGACUCGAAAUCUUGGUAUACUACGCAGACGAGAUGCAUCAGGCAUUGAGUUGCAAGAGGUCGAGGUCCCUUACACAGCGGGCAAGCCUAGGAACUAUCAUGCAAGAAAGAAGAAGCCAGUUGCUAGCUCAUCUCGAGCUUCUAAUACUCAUACCACGCAACCUAGCUCGUCUUCACAACCACCACCUUCAACGGCCGCUUGCCUCGACACUUUCCGCAGUUACUGGUACUGCUGGAGCAUCAGGAAGUCCUCAUGCCACAGAUAUCGGAUGUCAAGCGACACUUUGGCUUCUGUGUUUCUACCUCCUGGUUAUUUCACAACGGGAAGUAUCGCGCUACAGGGUGUUACAGGGUGCUACCAAGCACUUCGUAGCAAAUUACGUUUUCCUGAUGUGUAUGCAAAGUUUGAAGCAGAUAACGCUAAGAUUGAGUAUUUCAGAGGUUCUUUGCAAGAUACGACUGGUUAUUAA